AUGACAAAUAUUACAUGUUAUGCCAAUGUGAAAAAAUAUUCAGAAGCUGUUCCUGGUCUCCCCACAUCAUAUGCUGCUAUCCUAAGAAUCAAAUCUGGUAGUUCAUCUUUAGCCUCAUUUAAUUCAAAGAACAGACCACGAUUAAGCAGUCCUUCAUUAGGAAGCGUGUCUUCACCAGGCUGGAGAGGAGCUGCACAACAUUAUCACUCCCCAACAAACCUCUACCACUUUUCAGAGACCUUCAAACAUGAUGAGAGUGUUGAUUAUGGGCCAGUGUUUGUACAAGAGCCAGAUGAUAUGAUUUUUCCAACUGAUUCUGAGGAAAAGAAAGUGUCUCUGAAUUGUCAAGCACGUGGAAAUCCUACUCCCACAUACAGAUGGCUUCGAAAUGGAACUGAAAUCGACAUUGAAAGUGAUUAUCGCUUCAGUUUAAUAGAAGGAAGUUUGAUCAUCAGCAACCCCAGUGAAAUGAAAGAUUCUGGACAGUAUCAAUGUUUAACUACCAACAUAUUUGGCAGUAUUUUAAGCAGAGAGGCUGUUCUUCAGUUUGCAUAUCUGGGAAAUUUUAGCGGUCGGACAAGAAGUGCUGUAUCUGUACGUGAAGGUCAAGGAGUUGUUCUGAUGUGCUCCCCUCCACUUCAUUCUCCAGAGAUCAUCUAUAGCUGGGUAUUUAAUGAAUUCCCAUCUUUUGUGGCAGAAGACAGCAGGCGCUUCAUCUCUCAGGAGACAGGCAAUCUCUACAUAUCCAAGGUGCAAACAUCCGAUGUUGGCAGCUACAUAUGCCUGGUAAAAAACACAGUGACAAACGCCAGAGUUCUGAGUCCUCCUACGCCUCUGACACUGAGAAACGAUGGUGUGAUGGGAGAAUAUGAACCAAAAAUUGAAGUCCACUUUCCUUACACAGUUACAGCUGCAAGGGGAACUACUGUUAGGAUGGAGUGUUUUGCACUUGGAAACCCUGUUCCAACAAUCUCUUGGAGGAAAGUUAAUGGUCAUAAUCCAAGUAAAGCUCGCCUGAGAAAAUCCCAAGCUGUGCUUGAAAUACCUAAUGUGCAGCUAGAGGACUCAGGGAUGUAUGAAUGUAAGGCUGAAAACUCUCGCGGAAGAAAUGUCUUCAGAGGACAGCUACAAGUAUACACCUACCCACACUGGGUGGAGAAACUUAACGACACACAAUUAGACAGUGGAGAUCAGCUCCGAUGGGAAUGCAAAGCCACUGGAAAGCCAAGGCCCACAUAUCGCUGGCUGAAAAAUGGAGCUCCUCUCUGGCCACAGAGCAGGAUUGAGAUGAUGAAUGGUGUUCUGAUGAUCCACAGUGUGAAUGUCUCGGAUGCUGGAAUGUAUCAGUGCUUAGCAGAAAAUAAGUAUGGUACAAUUUAUGCCAGUGCUGAGCUGAAGGUUUUAGCUUCAGCUCCCACUUUCCCACUCAACCAAAUGAGGAAAACAAUAAUUGUUACCAAGGGCCAAGAAGUUGUCAUUGAGUGCAAGCCACAAGCCUCUCCAAAGCCAACUAUCACUUGGAAGAAAGGCGACAAAGUGUUAAGGGAGAAUAAGAGGAUAACUAUUCUUCCACAUGGGAGUCUGAGAAUCCUGAAUGCUUCCAAGUCUGAUGAAGGGCGGUAUUUAUGCCAAGGUGUAAAUGUAUUUGGAUCUGCAGAAAUCAUUGCAUCAGUGUCUGUUAAAGAACCUACCAGAAUAGAACUGACUCCCAAGAAGAUCGAGUUAACAGUUGGAGAGAGCAUCGUCCUCAGUUGCAAAGCCCUGCAUGACAGCACAAUGGAUGUCACCUUCUACUGGACACUCAAUGGGCAGCCAAUUGACUUUGAGAAAGAAGGUGGACACUUUGAAAGCAUCAAGGCACAAGCGUCCUCUGCAGAUUUAAUGAUCAGGAACAUCCUGCUGAUGCACGCUGGGAGAUACGGCUGCAGGGUCCAGACGGCAGCGGACACCGUGUCAGAUGAGACAGAGCUGCUUGUGAGGGGUCCUCCUGGUCCCCCAGGGGUUGUAAUAGUGGAGGAAAUAACAGACACAACAGCAACACUCUCCUGGAGUCCUGGGGCAGACAAUCACAGCCCUAUCUCCCUCUACAACCUGCAAGCACGCAGUCCAUUUUCCCUUGGCUGGCAGACCGUAAAAACAGUUCCAGAUCUGAUAAGUGGUGACAUGGAGUCUGCUAUGGCUGUGGAACUGAACCCUUGGGUGGAGUAUGAGUUCAGAGUAGUAGCAACCAACAAAAUUGGAACUGGAGACCCAAGUGCACCAUCGCGAGUGAUCAGAACCAAUGAAGCAGUGCCAAAGACACCUCCAGCUAACGUAAGUGGCAGAAGUGGAAGGCGACAUGAAUUAGUAAUAGCAUGGGAGCCAGUGUCAGAAGAGUUUCAGAGUGGAGAAGGAUUUGGAUAUAUUGUAGCCUUCAGACCCAAUGGAACACGUGGGUGGAAGGAAAAAAUGGUGACAUCUUCAGAUGCCUCAAAAUUCAUCUACAGAGAUGAAAGUGUGCCACCUCUGACUCCUUUUGAGGUGAAAGUUGGUGUUUACAACAACAAAGGAGAUGGUCCUUUCAGCCCUAUUGUGGUCAUCUGCUCAGCUGAAGGAGAACCCACUGCUGCUCCCAUCGAUGUCAAAGCUACGAGUUUGUCUGUAUCAGAGAUUCUUGUUGCGUGGAAACAUAUUAAAGAAAGUCUAGGAAGACCACAGGGAUUCGAGGUUGGUUACUGGAAGGACAUGCAGCAGGAAGAAGCAGCUGAAAAGGUCAAAACAGAGGGAAAUGAGUCAUCCAUCCUCCUGACAGGAUUAGAAGGAAACACAUUAUAUCACCUAACAGUGAGGGCAUACAAUGCUGCAGGGUAUGGACCACCUAGCACUGCUGUGCACGCAGCAACCAAGAAAUCCCCUCCCAGCCAAGCACCAGGCAAUAUUAUGUGGAUACAGGAUGGCUCACAUGUGUCUCUUGGGUGGGAGCCAGUCAGACCUCUAGCUAAUGAAUCUGAUGUAAUGGGUUACAAGGUGUUAUUUCGGCAAGAGGGCCAGAGCAAUAGCCAGGUUAUAGAAACACAGAAAACAUCUGCAGUGGUACUUCUUCCUGAUGUUGGGGUCUACAUCAUUGAGGUCUGUGCAGUCAGUGAAGGAGGGGAUGGGACUGCAAGUCCCCAGAUCAGAGUUCCAUCUUUUUCAGGAGGGAAAGUAACAAGUGCUCAGUCCACCUUACAUGUGUUGUCUACUUCGUCAUCCUCUGUAACAUUGCUUUUGGCACUGAUGGUACCUUCGACCUCAUGGUGAAGGCUGCAGACUUUGUUGUUGUUGUUAUUUGUUUGCUCUAGCUUGAUGACACCAAGGGAUGGAGUUUUAUGUCCGUGGAGAAACUGAAAACCCAAGCUAAUGAUUAAAGACCCAUCAAAAUGCCUGUGGUGCAC